AUGGCCUCUGAAGACAACAACAGCGCCGUGGUCGUCGACGAGACGCCCAUCUCCCCCGUCCGCAGCAACGAGCGCCGCAACAGCUUGGAGAAGCACCUGCAGCACCGACCGGAAGCUCAGGACCUCAAGAACCGACACAUUCUCCUGGAUACCACCACGGCUCCAGCACUGCAAGCCAAAGCGCUGGAGCUGGAGCGCCAGCGCGCGACAGACAAUUUGCGCAAGGGCCUGAACCAGCGCCCUGCACGUGACGACCUCAUCCAGCGGAACAUCCUCCCCGACUCGACGGCCGCGCCUGCUCUCCAGCAACACCAGAGGGAGCUCGAUCUUCACAUGCGCGCGGACAGCCUCGAGAAGGGCCUGAAGCACAGGCCGAGCCCAGACGAGCUCGUCAAGCAGGGCAUUUUGCAGGAAGGCGAGAACCCCGUAAAGGAGGCUUAAGUGUGGACAAAUGAGAGACUCCAAAUGGCUUUCUUCGGCAAUCGGGAUAAGGCGUUUUGAUCUGUCGUGUUUUUUGAGGCGCGGAUAAGCUUGCGCGAGAAUGCUGUAAAGCUUCAUGUCGUACUGCAAGUUGCAUAAGAUGGUAGCAUAGUAUACUCGAGUAGGCAUACAAUCAUACAAGCAGCAUACGCUCGGCC